AUGAAUAGUAUAACAGUUGGAAGAGGAGUUGCUACGCGACUAUUGGUCAGCCAACAAACACAACAAAUAACCAGAUCAUAUCUUAAUAUUGGAACUACAUCAAAAUCAAAGGGAAAGAAACCAAAGGUUGUAAUCUUAGGUUGUGGAUGGAGCAGUUAUGCUUUCCUCAAAAGAUUAUCAUCAUCAGAUUAUGAUAUUACAUUGAUAUCACCAAGGAAUCACUUCCUGUUCACACCAUUGUUGGCCAGCACAUCGGUUGGCACAUUGGAGUUCAGGUCGAUCGCUCAACCAAUUAGGUCGUCAAAGGAUGACUUUGAUUAUUUGCAAGCAGAGUGCACUGCAAUUGAUCAGGAGGCCAAGACCGUACAAUGCAUAUCGACCAUCCACGAUCAGGUGCCAUUCAGUGUCAAAUAUGAUCAUCUGAUCGUUGGCGUUGGUGCCAGGAACAACACAUUCAAUAUACCAGGUGUCGAGAAGUAUGCCUUCUUCCUCAAAGAGCUCAUCCAAGCCCGAUCCAUCCGUCAGCGCAUCAUCUACUGUUUCGAGAUGGCAUCACUACCCGAUGUCACGCCUCAAGAGCGUAGGAAGUUACUAUCAUUCGUCGUCUGUGGUGGAGGUCCCACAGGAGUUGAGUUCUGUGGCGAGCUGAACGACUUGGUGAUGGAGGACUUGUCAAGAUGGUUCCCAAAUGUACCAAUGAAUGAAGUCAAGAUAACGUUGUUGGAGGCGUCCAACACGAUAUUGAGUGCGUUUGAUCAGAAGUUGGUAAAGGCUGCAUUGGAGAACUUUAAGUCAUCGGGUGUGGAUGUCAAGACGAACGCCCCAGUCAAGGAGGUGCAUGAUGGAAAGGUUACAUUGUCGGAUGGCUCCGAGAUACCUUUUGGCCUGCUGGUGUGGUCGACUGGCGUGGCGCCACAGAAGCUCAGCAACGCACUCAGCUUUGAGAAGGACAAGCAGGGCAGGAUAAUGGUGGACAAGUAUCUAAAGAUCAAUAAUGCCAAGGAUAUAUACGCGUUUGGCGACUGUUCCAACGUGGACAACCUGGCACUGCCAGCCACGGCACAGGUGGCGCAGCAGCAAGGCUUCUACCUGGCCGAUCAAUUCAACAAUAUUGCCAAGAAGCGACAGAUCAAUCCAUUCGUCUAUCACUACUUUGGUAUUCUGGCGUACAUUGGCAGAAAGUCAUCGCUAUUCCAAACAUCCAAUGUUCAAGCCAGUGGUUUUGCAGCCUGGAUAGCCUGGCGAUCAGCCUAUCUCACACGUCUUGGAUCACUGCGUAGCAAGUUACAAGUACCAUUUGAUUGGGCACGUACCCUUGUCUUUGGACGUGACAUUACAAACUUCUAA